AUGAAUAGAGGUUGCACAAAGAAACGUAAGGGAGAAGGAGGAGGCACCCCAACAGCCGUCCGACCACAAAAGAAACCAGCUGAAGAGUUUAGGGCAAAAAAGGGGAAAGAAUGGGACGGAGAUGAGUCCGCCAAAGAGCUAUUUCUCUUAUGGCAGAAACAUAGAAAAAAAUGUUUACUACAAUGUGAAGAAGAAAAGAUAAGCUGUAGCGGUAGAACAGAAACUCAUCAAAGAGCAGACGAAGAGGCCGUAGAUGAUCCUGCCAUAAUUGAAGAAGUGGAAGCGGAGGUAGUAGAAGACCUCUCUGGCAAAGAAAGCUCAGAUAUUGCCCCAGAAAAAGAAAAAAAUAUCAAACAGAAGAAAAGACUAAUGAAACAGGAGAAGAGGCUGAGACAAGAGGAGAAGAAAAGACAGAUGAAACAGGAGAAGAGACUGAGACAAGAGAAGAAAAGAGUAAUGAAACAGAAGAAAAGACUGAGACAAAAGGAGAAGAAAAGACUAAUGAAACAGGAGAAAAAGAGACUGAGACAAGAGGAGAAGAAAAGACUGAUACAAAAGGAGAAGAAAAGACUGAUUUAG